AUCCAUUUAAAUAGCAUAUCUAAAAACGGUGUUGUUCGUUGCUUCAGAAGUUGCAAGGCCUACUAUACCGUAUCAACAUGGAAACCAUUUUUAAGUGCAUGGUGGUACUACUCCUGACUAAGGGUGCAACAUCAAUGGAUCCAUUAGAAGAACUAGUUGGUGCAUUAGAAAUGGGAACCUUGGACGGAAUUGAAAGAGCAAGAAAAGCACUUGAUCAUUUGAUAGCCUUUGCGAAGAGUACGACUGACUUCGUCAAUACAACUACUGACGCAGGAGCAAUACAAGACCUGAUUGGAUCAUUGAGAGGGGGAACGAUGCAAGGAGUAAUGCGACUUAUCAGUUAUGUUAUAGGGAAUCUCGAUGGCAACAACGCUCUGACAAUGGAAGAGAACACAAUAGCUAAACAGGGCGUCCGCCUCUUAAUCGACUUCGGAUUAAACAUACUGGCAAAAUGGCUUGAAGUACAGCCACACUAUCCGUUAUUUGGGAACUCAUCUGCAAUUUUUAGAGACUACAUCCUAAGGAAUAAGAAUAAUAUACUGACUGUUAUCGAUAAUUCUUGCAUACCGCUAGAAUUGAUAGGAUCAACCGUAGACACGCUAUUCAGACUAGUUCCAGCAGUAACAAUCCAAAACCUUCAAAAAAACGGUAGUACCAAAUGAGAAACCCAGGGAACUGAACAAGCUGCUACUUCCUGUUCAAACUUACAAAAAUAGGCAUAUAGUAUAAUACAAUAUGGUUUUUAUCUAUAUCUGCUAUGCUAUGCAUUUUACUACGGAAUUGGAAAAUCUGACGGAGAGUUAAUUUUAGUGUUGGCAAUACAUUAGGUAGGCAUCUGUAAGCAACACGAAUAUGUACAAAGGAUGGAGUAAUGUUCUUGUUUAUCAUGAUUAAAUAAUAACGUAAAUGAUUUCCGCACUGGUUACCGUCAACCUGAGGAAGUAUGCUGACAUGUGCAAAUUCGUGUAUUUCACGGUGACUAAAGGCCGUAUCGUCAGUCGUUUCCACAAUUGUAGGACACCGUUAUGGCCUUCUCGAUUUUCAUAGUACUUUCGCACCUUCAGAAAGGCAGGGGUAUUUCCAGAUUUCUACUGUUCCGUGUCAGCGUCUGCGCUCGCCUAUUGUAAGGUUAUGUUUUCUUGUUGAAUUGUAUGAAAUUUCAGGCUGAUAAAACGGAUGAUAAAAAUCAAAAGCAUGAACAGUUUGCUGCCAAUAGGCAGGAAAAACUAUGAAAAUCAAGGAGGCGACAAUUGUAGGAACGACUGACGAUACGGCCCUAAUAUAGAGCUUUACCUCUUGCCAAACAGGUAUUUCAUUACCCGACACGUGUUUCGCUAUGUUAGACUCUUGGGAGGAAGGUUAAAACUAAUAUCUACAGUAUAUUCAGAUAAGAGAUAGACCGAUAAACAAGACCACGUGAUCAUCGAACGCUGUAACAUUCGGCAGGGACGUAUUAAGAGUCACGCAGUACAUAUUUUAGAUAGUAGAUGCUGCUUUGCGUAACUUUGUAGUAAAUUAGCACAAUUCGAUGUGUAUACGAUUGGUGAUGGAUAUAGGAUCAUGUGGGGGUGGGGUAAGAAAUAUAUAAUGAUGUAAAUAUACAUAAGGGUUUCAAAAUUUUCGCUUCGAUUUCCAGCUUCGGAUGCCGCCUGAUGUUUGGUGAAAUACAGUCGAAUAUAAUCUCAAAAUGGCGUUUAAAUUAGCCUAAAUUAAAAAUAAUCGUAUAUCUCUUAAAAUUGCUUUUAGAAUAUUGAUUAGUAUAUUUUUUGAUUUCUAGGUAAAUAUGUAACCAAAUUAAAACGUUUAAAACGUAAAAAAAUGUGCAUGGUUGAACAUUGUCAGAAAGUAGAUUCUUGAAUAGGUUUUGCCAAAAUGGGUUCAAAAAUGUCAAUAAUUAAUUAAAAAAUACAGUAGCUUUAUAAUUACUUAUAACUUACCGAAUUUGAUGAACGACAUCUUUUAUUGGAAAGAUGAGCUUGAUGAGCUUUCAUCAUCGCUACUGCCUGAAGCACCAACGUCAAUAAUGAAUGGCUCGACUUGUUCCUCUAAAAUAUUGUCCAGUUCCCACAUUCUCUUUUCAACUUUGUCUUUCACGUGCUUAAUACAGUUUUCCCAUUUUUGCGCUGUUAUUAAUUCUAGUGCUUCUUUGAAAAGUCCUUUGAGGUCACAAAAUUUAAAAGUUGUAUUGUGCUUAGCUGUAUAAUUUUUAACCUCUGCCCAUAUGAGCUCAAUGGGAUUGAGCUCGCAAUGGUAUGGAGGUAAAUGGAGUACAGUUUUAUUUUGACUUGCUGCCAUUUCGUAUUUUUGAUAUUCCGCCUUGUGAUCCUUGACAAUUCUUAAUAAUUGUACUUUCAGCAUUGCUUCUUCAAAAUUGAUAUUUUUCGAGCGGAGCCAAUUUUGAACAUCAACUUUCCUUGAAGCCGUUGUUGGGACCUUCUCCAUUCUUCGAGAAUGAUAAGGCGCAUUAUCCAACACAAUUACUGCGUUUUCCUCUAAGUUCGGUAAAAUUUUUGAAAACCACUGUUCAAACGAUUCGCCAUUCAUUUCCUCGUGGUAAUCUCCAGUUUUCUUAGACUCAAAGCACCACAGACCGUCAACAACAAAUCCAUCCUCACUGCCAAUAUGGCAGAUAAUGAGCCUUUUCCCUUUACCUGGAAAUCGAAGUACUAACUGGUGUAGAUUUAUUUCAAUAAGCGAACCUUUUUCAAAUGUUUUCAUCACAUUCAGCGAAAAAACAUUGAGACAUGAGUAUCAGAUUGCUAUAAUUGGGAUUAUUUAAUCAUAUUGAAAGAAAGAAUAUUGAACGUCGUAUGAUUACUCAGCGCUUCACAAUUCAAUUUAAAGUUAUAAACCUUUAAAAAAUGAAUGAUCAGGAACCUGAAAUACGCGCAAAUAUUAAUAUUAACAAAUUAUAACUUUAUAAAGCUUAAAGUAUGAAUUAAAAUGAUUAGAAAUAUUAGGAACGGAACACAAUAUAAAACUUAGUAACUUUUUUUAAGUUUAUAAUAUUCGACAUAUUUUAAGAUUAUAUUAAAAAAUUAUUGAAAUAUCGAAAACACAUAAAAACAUGGCUUAAAAAAGUUCUAACAAAUUAAAAUGACAAUAAAACAUCCACGCAUUUUAUCGAAAGUUAUAAAAGUUUUGUUACUUGUAAUAUGUUUUAUCUGCCCCCUGGAAUUAAUGUUUAGAACCUUGUUCCCAAGGUUUGAAAAACAUCCGAUUGUUGUCUAUUACUCGUAUUUACCUGCUGGAUUUUUUAAUCCGGUGGACAGUCCAUCUAGAAAGGCCCUCCUGGAUGAAGUUACAGAAUCAUCAACCCAUACUUUACUUGUAGUGUGUCCUGCGUUUACCCACGUUUCAUCAAGGUAAUAAAUCUUCCUGUUUUGAUUUCUAUAUUUCCCAAUUUUUGUUAAAUAAUCCCUCCUCCAUAGCACAAUUUCUUCUCUAUCCAGUAGUAAACUAUUACGACCCCGUUUUUUCCAUUUGAAAUUUAAAUGCUUCAGUAACGCAUGGAAAGUUGAUCGUUUGAAAUUUGGCAACGUUGUAUCUCCAUUUACCUCCUGCAGUACUUUAUCUAUAGUAGGUGUUUCAUUCCUAAAGAAGAAUUCAUGCACUUUCCUCCUAAUCGCAUGCUUAUCAGCUUCAUCCAAUGAUUUAACAAUGCUUUUGCGAUGUUUACUGGUCAUUGGCUCAGAAAAGGUGUGACUUUUUUUGUAUUGUCUUAACACAUUAAACACUGAUGCGCGACACACCCCAACUUUGUGAGAAACCUUCACAACAAUUUCUUUGAUGGUUGAUGCCUCGUUCUCCUCGCGCUCGAUCUUAUAUAUAUUCAAAAUGACCUCUUUCAUUUCUGCACUCAGGUGUCUUUUUUUAGAGCGUUUCCUAGGUGGACUACAGGAGUUUACAACUUCAUCGGCAGUAUCUGUACUACUGGGCAUUUUGCGCAAGCAGUUGAUAACAAUAACAAUCAAUAACAAGGUAUAACAAUAACAACGACAAACUCAACAACUUAAUAAGAUAACAAACGAAAACGUCCAAAGAAAUAUCAAAUUGCAAUGAUGCACACGACAUACGUAACACGUCUGAACCUGAAUGUGACUCUGCCUUGAUACGACUGCUCUGCCGCUCGGCAUAGGCAUUUAAUUGCGGAUUGACCAAUGAGGGCUCGUGUUUUACGUCGAGACGGCGGCGUUAGCGUGAAAAUCACCCGAACCUUUUGUUUACAUCCGGUCUAUCUCUUAUCUGAAUAUACUGUAGUGGUGGUUGACGAUCGCACUAGUUCAAUCGUAAGACUCAUGAUUGAACUAUAAAAACUAGUUCAUGAUUCAUUGAAAAACAGGUUCACUCGUUCAGUACGAAUGACUGCUAUUACAGGAUCCCGAUGAUCCAGUCGAACAAAGAAACAACAAUUCGAUGUAUUUCUAAGCGGUGACCCAUCCAAAUACUAACCGCAUUCAACGCUGCUCAACUCCGAUGGUCGGCGUGGGUAUUAAAACUGACAUUUCAUCGUUUUUUGACAUUUCUUGUUUUUUUGUGAUAUAACGUAGCUUUUCUGUUGUACACUUGCUGUGAGCUCGUUUUGUAGUUGUACCUGUUGCUUAAACGUCAGCGAAUAGCCAUCAUUUUCGAGCAAACGUGGAAUGAACUAUUUGCACACUAAAAACCUAGUCUGCAAGAUGACAUUUCGACGGUUUAUUUUCUGGCGUUUUUUAUGUUUUUUACAUAAAAUUUGUGCCGAUGAAGGGUUGCGACGCGGCGCUUUCAUCGCCAUUAUUCCUGAGUAAAAUAGUUCGUUCGGGAACUAGUUCGUUUUAGUGAGCGUGAUCUACUGAGCUAGUUCACCGAAAUAAAAUAGAAAGCACAUUAUUACUAAUAUCCUAAUCUAAGUACUGCCUUAUGCACUGAGAACCCAACUGGUCUGACGGCUCAAGGUCAAUGUGUACGAGAGAGAAGUGUGUAUAGACACAUAUGUUAGAAAGAGAUAGAAACCAGCUGAAUGAAGAAGCUCAUCACCGCGUUGCCUAGCUACGCUGACGCGUCAAACCGCAGCGUUGCCAAUAUAGAUGCAUGUUGAAAAUAUGCGUUGGUUGAUUCUCUAUGCCCAAAUAAUGGUUUCAUUUUGGGAGUACACAUUUUUGAAUUCUGAAUUGUGUAUAAUCUGUUUAGGAAAUUCUGCAACGUAUCAUAGAUGGAUUUAUGUGAUAUUUAUACAGGGUGACUUUGAAGUUGAGUCAUUAAUUUUCAGAUAAUGAUUGUAGAAGGAAGAUAAACCAAAAUAUGUGUGUAAAAAUUAAAAAAAAAAUUAAAAAAAAUGUUACCUUGUUUUAUAAAAUAUCCUCCCGACAAGUAUUUCAGUGCGGACCUGUAUUUGAUCGUGCGGUCUUGGAGCACAUACCCUCCCGUGUGAGGACUUAAGUCACCUGAUUCACGAGCCCUUUGUACUACAUUAACAAAGGCACUAGGGGUUGGUUGCACUCGAUUGGGAAACCGAUCCGCAUAAAUCCGUGUUGCCGUAGCAGCAUUUUGUAAAAUCAGAAUCAUGUCCACAAGUUCAGCAUUUUCGUAAACAUGUGCCAUUUUUUAUUUCGUUUGAGCCACGCAGAAACACCACUCACGCGUUACCGACUGACAUAUCGAAUGAAUACAACUGAAUAAAAUAAAUGAAUAAAACAUCGUGAUAAGCGUUUCAAAUUCUUUCGCUUUUUUGUUUCCGAUUAUAUCCGUUGUUGCCAAACACAAGCACAUAUUAUUAUUGAGACAGGGCGGUACUCAAACUUCUAAACUUAAUUUUACCACAAAAAUGUUAAAGGAAAAAACAUUUCUUUUGAUCAGAUCUACUCACUGUUAAAAUAAAUGACUCAACUUCGAAGUCACCCCUAAUACUACUAUUUAGUUGGUACAGUACUAGAAUUUACG